AUGACUCUGGCAACCCUCCGCAUUAGGGCUCUCCCGCGACCACCAUGCAAAACCCAAUUCAGAGCGCACCUUUCCACAACCCCCCACCGCCACAAUGACACCCUCAACAAAGUCUCCUCCAAAAUCACCCAGCCCAAAUCCCAAGGCGCCUCCCAAGCAAUGCUUUACGCAACCAGCCUCUCAGAAUCAGACAUGAAUAAACCCCAAGUCGGUAUAUCAUCUGUAUGGUUUGAGGGAAACCCCUGCAACAAACACCUCCUCGAUUUGUCUGGAAAAGUUCGCGACUCUGUCGCGCGCGCGGGCCUGGUUCCCAUGCGUUUUAACUCGGUCGGUGUGUCGGAUGGGAUUAGCAUGGGGACGUCUGGAAUGCGGUACAGUCUGCAGAGUCGGGAGAUUAUCGCCGAUGGGAUUGAAACAGUGAUGAAUGCGCAGUGGUACGAUGCGAAUAUCUCGCUGCCGGGGUGUGAUAAGAAUAUGCCCGGUGUGGUGAUGGCGAUGGGACGGGUGAAUCGGCCUAGUAUUAUGGUUUAUGGGGGGAGUAUUAAACCUGGGUGCAGUUCGAAGGGGAAGCAGUUGGAUCUGGUGAGCGCGUUUCAGUCAUACGGGCAGUAUAUCACCGGGGAGAUCGAUGAGGAGGAGCGGUUCGAUAUCAUCCGCAAUGCGUGUCCCGGGGCUGGUGCUUGUGGGGGUAUGUAUACGGCGAAUACGCUCGCGACGGCGAUUGAGACGAUGGGUUUGACUGUGCCAGGGAGCAGUAGUUGUCCCGCUGAGGAUGGGAGGAAACAAGCUGAGUGUGAAAAUAUCGGAGAGACGGUCAAGAAUCUUCUGAAAGAAGAUAUCCGUCCCCGCGACAUCCUAACCCGUCAAGCAUUCGAGAACGCAAUGAUCGUCGUGAACAUCCUGGGCGGCAGCACAAACGCUGUCCUGCACCUAAUCGCCAUGGCCGAUGCCGUGGGCAUAAAACUAACAAUCGACGACUUCCAAGCCGUAUCCGACAAAACACCCUUCCUAGCAGAUCUCAAGCCCUCCGGCAAACACGUCAUGCACGACCUAUACAAGAUCGGCGGCACACCCGCCCUCCUCAAAUUCCUCCUCAAGGAGAACGUAAUCGACGGCUCUGGAAUAACAGUUACCGGCAAAACAAUGAAACAAAACGUCUCCUCAUGGCCGGACUUCCCACAAAACCAACCCAUCAUCCGCCCCCUAACCAACCCCAUCAAACCAACCGGCCAUCUCCAGAUCCUGCGUGGCUCCCUCGCCCCUGGCGGCUCCGUGGGCAAAAUCACCGGCAAAGAAGGCCUCCGCUUCGAAGGCACGGCCAAAUGCUACGACUACGAAGACGCAUUUAUCGAAGCGCUCAAACGCGGGGAUAUUAAAAAGGGUCAGAAGACAGUCGUCAUUAUCCGCUAUGAGGGUCCGAAGGGUGGGCCUGGGAUGCCGGAGAUGCUCAAGCCCAGCGCGGCGAUUAUGGGCGCGGGCUUGGGGAAUGAUGUUGCGUUGAUUACUGAUGGGCGGUUCUCGGGUGGGAGUCAUGGGUUUUUGAUUGGGCAUGUUGUUCCUGAGGCGAUAGAGGGAGGACCGAUUGGGUUGGCGAGGGAUGGGGAUUGGAUUGUUAUUGAUACGGAGGAGAGGGUUGUUGAUUUGGUGGUUGGGAUGGAGGAGAUGGAGCAGAGAAAGAAGGAGUGGAGAGCGCCCGAGGGGAGGGCUAGGAAGGGGACGUUGAGGAAGUAUGCGAUGUUGGUCAGUGAUGCUAGUCAUGGGUGUGUGACUGAUGGGCCAAUUUAG